AUGCCUCCGCAAAUCAAACAAGAUCUCAACCGUGCAGGAUGGGAGACGACCGACUUGCCCUCCGUCUGCGAGCGAUGUCUCAGCGACAACCCAUACGUGCAGAUGAUCAAAGAAGACUAUGGCGCAGAAUGCAAGCUCUGCAGCAGACCCUUCACCGUCUUCCGCUGGAAAGGAGACCGAACCGCACGGCAAAAGCGCACGGGGAUAUGUCUGACAUGCGCGCGUUUGAAGAACUGCUGUCAGUGCUGCAUGCUCGAUCUGAGCUUCGGUCUACCCAUCACCAUACGUGAUGCGGCCCUGAAGAUGGUCGCGCCGGGUCCACAGAGCGAGGUCAAUCGGGAGUACUUUGCGCAGAACCACGAGCGGGAGAUUGAAGAGGGCAGAGGGUUGGAAGGAUAUGAGAAGACGGAUGAGAAGGCGAGAGACCUGUUGCGGAGAUUGGCAAGCUCAGAACCCUACUACAAAAAGCAGCGACGGCUGGAACAGGAGGGGGAGGAAGAGGGAGGACAGAAGUUGUUGAAGGGGUCAGACGGAACACACAAGCCUGGACCAAUUCGCACAGCAAAGUCAGCAUAUGGCUCGGCGUACGGCCCACCACCCAGCAGAGGAGGCCCGUCCGGCAGAGGAGGUCGCGGGGGAGCCCGAGGAGGCCGAGGGUUUCCGUCGGCUGCAGCGGUGCCCAUCAAGCCCGAGGACAUUCAGCCGCCUGCAGACCAGAACAUCACAUCGCUCUUCGUCACCGGCGUGGAGGACGACCUACCGGAGCACGAAAUCCGAACGCAUUUCCAGCAGUACGGCGCUCUGAGAUCCGUGGUCUGCAGUCAUCGAUCACAUUGUGCAUUCAUGAAUUACAUGAACCGCGCGGGCGCGGAGGCCGCUGCCGCUGCUUGCCAGGGCAAGGCCGUUGUCAAGGGCGUACCGCUGCGCGUACAGUGGGGACGUCCCAAGCCCCUCGACAACAUGGACCGUGAUCAGCGCAUGGAGAACGCGAAAGCGGGACGCACGACCGCAGGCCCGGGCAAGGCGAUUGCUGGACCGUCGGGCAGGAAAGCGAUUGCGGGCCCCUCUGGACAAGCAUCCGCGGACGACUUGGACAGCCUGGCAGCCGUCGCUCCUCCGCCUGGCGAAGGCGACGUUGAAUAUGCGGCGAUGGCAGGAGAGUAG